ACCCCAUCUUCUUCAGCCCUCUCCUCUUCUUCCAGCUCCGCAGUCCCCACCUCCGUCCCUUCUUCUCUUGCAUUUCUCCUACAUUUCCCCCUUCCUUUUUCGUACAAGCAAACCACCCAAAAUUCGACUAAGCAAACUCUCUCUUUCACACAUUAAUCUUGUGCUCCAUUUUGCUCCGCCAUAAAUGCCUGUCACUCUCUGCUCAUCCCUGUCUUUUCCCAAAUCAAUGCUCUUCAUCAUCCUCCAAACAAGGCACCACUUUCUCUGUUAAAGAUUUCUUCUGGGUGUCUCCAGAUCCCCUGCUUCGUUUAGCUCCGAUCCUUCAAAUUCUACUUGAGCUGCAGGUAGGACAAGUUAGAGAUGCUGCCAGGCCGAAGUAGCAAGAAGAAAAACGAAGAUGCCUCUCAAUCUCCACCUCAUCCCUUCACCACCAGUUCCCAGUACAUGGCCGACCUGACAUCAUAUGAGGCUGCUUGUCAGACCAAUCCUGACCUACAGGCAUUUGAUCACACCCUCCACGAGCGCACUGCCCGGGUCAUCAACACCCUUGCAGUUGGGGUCGAGGUACACUCCUUGUCUUUCGACUCCCUCAAAGAGGUGACGAGCAGCCUGCUUGAGAUGAACCAAGAAGUGGUCAAAGUCAUCCUUGAGUGCAAGAAGGACAUAUGGAACAAUCAGGAGCUCUUUGCACUUGUCGAGGACUACUUCGAGAACAGCCUGCAAACACUAGACUUCUGCACUGUCCUGGAGAAGUGCCUCAAGCGAGCCCGGGACAACCAAUUGAUCAUACAGUUUGCAAUUAAACAUUUCGACGAGGAAUCUGAGGCGCCCAGUACCGAAGGGAAGAAGUACGCGAAAACAUUGGAAGAACUUCAUCGGUUCAAGGCAGCAGGGGACCCUUUCACGGAGGAGUUUUUUAUGCUCUUCCAGUCAGUCUACAAGCAGCAGCUAGUUAUGUUAGAGAAGUUUCGAGUUCGGAAGAGGAAGCUUGACAAGAAGCUCAAAUCAGCCGAGGCAUGGACAAGGGUCUCAAACGUGAUAUUCGUGGCAGCUUUUGUGUCUGCCCUGAUCUUUUCGGUGGUUGCUGCAGCAAUGGCAGCCCCACCUGUGAUAACAGCCCUUGCAGGCGCAAUCUCAGCCCCCAUAGGUUCAGUUGGGAAAUGGUGCAAUUCGCUCCUGAAGAAUUACCAAAGCGUGAUAAAGGCUGAGAGGGAAAUUGUGAGCUCAAUGCAGGUUGGAACUUACGUGGUCAUCAAGGACAUGGACAGCAUUCGUAUACUCGUGAAUAAGUUUGAGAUUGAGAUCCUCGCAAUGGUGCAGAGCACUCAUGUGGCGGAAGGAGAAGAUGAUGUACCUGUGAAGCUUGCUAUCGAGGAAAUCAGGAAGAGGUUGUAUUUGUUCAUGGAGAUCGUCGAUGACUUAGGGAAGCACGCCGACAAGUGUAGCCGGGAAAUAAGGAUGGCGAGGACAGUUGUGCUGCAGAGGAUGAUCAAACACCCGAAUGGCUAAGAUUAUGAAAUUUAUGGUAAGACAUAUGACUAGCUAAUCGCCUUUAACCGGACUGCCUAGUUGGUUCAUCUUAGGAAGAAUCGAAGAUCUUUUACAAUGUCCAAUGGCGAGCGCUUGUGCCAUUUAUGUGCCAAGUUCGUGCUCGUGUUUUCCACAGAUUGGUUUUGAAUUAUUCAUUUAAUGCAUAUAUUCUACUCAUUAUCACCGGACAGUGAUUAUGAGUGAUUUUUAAGGAAUACUUGGCCCCAUUGCGUU